AUGAGUGGCUUCGAAAUUUACGCGUCGCAGUCAGGUGAUCGCGCCGCUAGGGCCUCUUCUCUUCCGCCUCCUCCACACAAGUCUCGAUCAAUCGCUGCACUCUCCAUGCCAUUGCCUCUGGAUGAAACCUGGCUGGGAUCGGUGGCCAACGGUCAAGAGGGUGAGUCGGAGGCGCUCGAAAUCCACGACGACAGCUCUGCAACAAGUGCUCUACCGAAGCCGAAAGCUCCAGCUUCAGCAGAUUCACCCUUUGGAUCGUCGCAGAGGCCCAUCCUCAUCGAGGACGACUCGCCCCCGCCGAGCCCCGCCAUCCAAGGAAGCCCCGUCCCUGGCAUCGCCCAAACACCAGCCGUUCUUCCACCAUCCUCCCAGCUCGAAUCCGCACGUCUCAGCCCGCCUCGGCAGAAGCGGCGCCUCGCGCACACCAGCGACUCCGCUCCCCCAAAACGCACCCGCACCCUCCCGCCGCUCUCCUCGCGCACGUUCCCCCGCGGCGCGAUCCUGCCCACGCACACGACGCACGGCUCGCCCCGUGCGGACGGGCGCGACGCCGUGCGCCUCGCGGACGUCCUCGGGCCGCCGGCGGAGCUGCAGCUCGCGAUCGUCGCGUCGUUCGGGUACGACCCGGCCUGGCUCGGCGCGCAUUUCGCGCGCGGGACGCCGGUGGUGGUCGUGUCGCCGGCGGGCCGGGAGGCGCGUGCGAGUGCGAAGGCCGGUGGUGGGCCGGUGGUGGAGAGGCUGCGGGCGCCGCUGGGGAGCUGGGUGCGGACGUGUCCGGAGGUCGGGUUCGGCGGGUGCUUCCAUAUGAAGUAUAUGGUGCUCGUGUACGAAUCGGGUCGUUUGCGUGUCGUCGUGAGCACCGCGAAUCUGCUGCCGAUUGAUUGGAGUGACCUUGAGAAUGCUGUGUUCAUCCAGGACGUUUUCCCUGUGUCUCCUGGGCGUUCUUCCACUUCCAAAGGGAACGGAUUCGCAACAAUUCUUCAGACUGUGCUGUUGAAGACCAAUGCUGGGGCCGGGUUAGAAUUCCUGAGCAAAUCGAUGGAUCUCCCGAUCAAGGAUGUUUCGGACAUCUCGACUAUGUGGGACUGGAAUCAGGUCAAAGCAGAGCUUGUUCCCAGCUUUAUCGGCAAAUGGCAAGACUGGAAGACAAUCAAAGAGGACACUCAGCUCAAGCUUGAAUGCCAGGGCUCGAGCAUCGGCGUGUACACCACCCAGUGGUUCAACCAAUUCUACACCUCAGCGUGCGGGGACCCGAGCGCCCUCAGAUCUCAUCUCGGCAUUCCUGAGCCGCAAAGGAAGAAGCUCGCCUAUCCAGCUAACAUCAGCGUCGUGUUUCCGACCCAGCAGACGGUCAACGACGCCGAGAGGCGUGGUGCGACGUCCAUGUUCUGCACGCGCAAGAAAUGGGAGGCGAGGAAUUUCCCGAGGGACGCUUUCUGGGACUCGAGGAGCAGAGGCGGUCGCAUGAUUCUGGCUGAGAUCGGAUCGCAGGGCGUGCGGCUCAGCGCCAGCGGAUGGGUAUAUCUGGGCUCGCAUAAUUUCACCUCCGCGGCCUGGGGGAAUUUAUCGGGCACAUCGAACUCGCCUGUUCUCAACAUCAACAACUUUGAGCUCGGGGUCGUCAUUCCGAUGCAAACACAGCAAGAGCUCGAGGAGAUAUCUGCUUGGGAGCGCCCACCGAGGAAGUACGGCCCGGGUGAUUUGCCAUGGAAACCUGAAACAGGGAGAUGCCGCGUGCGAGUGAGUGUAGUCAGAAGAUGCCUCGAGUAUAAAACACGCUCCACUUUCAGGUCGCACGUCCAUUCUAUUCCAUCCCAAUCACUCACUCACUUACUCGCGAUGUUUCUUCGGCACGUUCUUUUGCUUUCGCUUUCUGGAGCCGCAGUUGUGUCUGUCGCCGCGCAGGACUUGGGUGUCCCGCUCUCGUGGCGGAAAUUCAGCAACAGCCGCGGGCUGUCUGAGCGCAUCCAGAUCGCCCAGGCCGCGAUCAACCAGAUGACGACCGUUCUCGACGCGUCGACGGGAGAGUUCGCUGGAAUCGGGUACUGGCAGUCCGGGAAUGUAUGGUCUGUCAUGGCGAACCAGGACUACCUCGCGAAGAGCACGGUCAACAAGGCCCUCGUGCUGAACAACUUGAAUCUUGUCUUCAACCGGUUCAGCAACUACGAUCAGUUUGGGUGCGUUCGUGUGUCGUGUAAUUCUCCCGAGCCUGGAUGGAGUGUUCUGAUUGGGACUGUGCAGGGUGAGUGGUUGAGUGAUGUGUCGCGCGCGGAUGCUGUGCUGAUGGGUGUGGUGGGCCACGGCGGCGAUCUAUGCACACCGGGCGUACGGGGUGCGCUGUCUAUUUUCAAAUUCGCCCGAGGCUGGGGUCUCAAGGUCAUUCAGGAUGCGACGAUGCUUUCGCACGCGGUUACUGUCUGGAAUCAUGUGCGGCAGUUCGUCAUUCAAGGAGGAGGAACACAGCCCAACAAAAACUUCCCCAUCCAAUCGGCUUGUAAUGGCGUCACUAUGGCUGGCGCAGUUUUCUGGCGCCCCACGAUUGACGACUCUGGAAUCAACUCCAUUACCACUGGGUCGGUGAUCUCUGGAUGCCCUUUUGAACUCAUGGGAAAUAACGAUCUCAACAGGCUUUCUGCUUUCCUGGCCGAGGCCACCGGAAAUUCCAUGUACACCAACGCUGCAGUUCAAAGUGCUACGUGGAUCAAAACCCAGAUGAUCAACUCGAAUCAGCUUGUUCUUGACGGCAUGAGCGCCAGAGACUGCAGCCGAUCUCCGAACUGGAUUUUCACCUACAACACGGGCAAGUACAUCGAAGGUCUUAGUGUGCUCGGCGCUGUUACCAAGGACUCGACGUGGACCAACUUGAUGAUCAACCUCUUGAACUCGGCGGUCAAGACGAACGCGUGGCAAGGGAGUAACGGGGUCAUCACCGAGGGCGCCAACCCUUCCUCGGACAACGACAAUGCUGGAUUCAAGAGCGUGCUGAUCCGCGGUCUCGCUGAGGCCUGGCUGCGCAACCCAGGCAAUGCCCCCCUCACGACCCUGAUCCACAGCUACGGCGAUGUCCAGUAUAAUGCGCUCCUGGAUCUCGCGGCCACCGGAAAUACUUAUUCGUCCAGCUGGGCGGGCCCGCCGCAGGGAUUCACAGCCUGGGGUCAGAUGGCUGCCCUCGAUGUAUUGACUAGCAACGUCCUCACAAACUAAGAGCUCGCUAUAUCUCAUCAUGUAGUUAUUGAAGAAUAAUCGAUCAGAGUCGCACAAC